AUGGCGAGAACGAAAUCAAAUUUGGAGCUUGCAGAGGAAUGCGAUUCAUUUCCCUAUCCAGGAACGGAAUCCCACACCGCCUUGCUCAGCACCACCUACACGCUCCUUCACGAUUCAGUCCCCAUCGGCUACAUCCUCGAAUCCGUUUUCAACGCCCUCGCAAAAGUCCCCAUACGCAUCAAAGGCGAAUUAGAAGUCUCCCGCAAAGACCGCACAAUAACCUGGCCAAUCUUCCCCACGGAACAAGAAAGGAGCAAAGCCGUAGCCGCUACGUGUCAAUACUGGCGCGAGAAUAAGACAUUUGAGGUAUUGGCAGGGUGGAGGAACGAACUAUAUGCAGUGUAUACGGAGAAGAACAAGUUGAUAUGGAAUGUGGAGCGUAGCGCGAGUUGUCUGUUUGGUGUUGUUACAUAUGGAAUUCACAUGUCUUGCUAUACCCUUUUGAGUGAGGAAGAAAAGGAGGAGAAUGGUACGAAACAUGGAUUCAAACUCUGGAUUCCGCGCCGUGCGAAAAACAAACAGACGUAUGGCGGCAUGUUGGAUAAUACGGUUGCAGGUGGUAUUGCGUCCGGUGAAGAACCGUUUGACACUCUAGUCCGGGAAGCAGAUGAAGAGGCGAGCUUGCCCGCGGAGCACGUACGUGGACAUGCUAAAGAUGUAGGCACAGUGACAUAUAUCCACAUCCGCGAGGCCCGGGCUGGAGGUGAAAGCGGGGUCAUCCAGCCGGAAUGCGAAUAUGUAUAUGAUCUGGAAUUACCGCAAGGAAUAGUGCCGAAACCGCAAGAUGGGGAAGUGGAGUGUUUCUAUUUGUGGACGGUUGAGGAGUGUUUGGAGACGCUUGGGAAGGGGGAGUUCAAGCCGAAUUGUGCGGUUGUUGUUUUGGAUUUCUUGGUUAGGUGGGGAGUGAUUGUGGGUGAAGAGGGGAAGGAGAUUGAGAGGAGGCUUCAUAGGAAGUUGGAGUUCCCGGGGCCGCAUGGCACAUGA